AUGUGGUUUCAAGGCACAAAAAUACAGAGGACCUCGCCACUGUCAAACGUCGAGGGCGGAUUGGGGGGAACCCAGCCACCACUUGAUGAGGAAGCCAAGCAGGCCAUGUGGAAAGACCACAUACAGGUGUUUCUGCCAACUGCCCCAGCCAAAGUGCCAGCCGACAGCCAGCAUCAACCGCCAAACAGGCAGAUGAAUGAGCCUUCAGAUAUUUGCAGCCCUGAGUGUGGAGUCUUCUGGCUGAGACCCAGACAUCGCAGAGUAGAGACAAACCAACCGCUGUGUGCUCAUUCUGAAUUCCUGGCCCAUAGAAGCCAUGAGUAUAAUAAAUGA